GAGGGCGCCAUGUUCCGGUCAGCUGCGCUCCAACACGUCAGCGCCGGUCGGAAGUAGAGCUCACUUCCACCGCGCCUGUAGGCUUCGGUUAUAUAUGGACACCCGUGUGUGAUACAAUGGAGACCAGCAAUAAUGCCACAGCUCAGAGUGAUGCUGGUGGUCACGGGAGAUGAUUUCGGCUACUGUCCCAGGAGGAACCAGGGGAUUGUGGAUUGCUUCCAGGCUGGAGGCAUUUCCAAUGUGUCACUGCUGGUUAAUGCCUUUGCUGCCAAAGAGGCAGCAGAUCUUGCUAAAAGACACAGCAUCCCCAUUGGCCUCCAUGCCAACCUGUCAGAGGGCAUUCCAGUGUGUCAGAGCCUCCAGCAGGCCUCCACACUCAUAAACCAGCAUGGCGUCUUCCUGGGGAAGAUAGGCUUUCGGCAGGCCUUGGAGAGAGGCCAGCUCAGCAUGAAACAGGUGGAACUUGAGUUAAGGGCUCAGGUCAGGCUGUUCAUGGAACUAACAGGUCACCUGCCUCACCACAUGGAUGGGCACCAACAUGUUCAUGUGCUCCCAGAAGUGCGUGAGGUAUUUGCACAGGUCCUGUCAGAUCUCAGGAUUCCAUACACCCGUGUUCCAGUGGAGCCAGGAUUACACAGCUGUCCAUGGCUGCCAGCACACCUCAAAAGAUUUUACAUGCAGGUGGAGAAGGACGCUCUGGACUCCAUUCCUGUCUUCAAACGCUACGGAAUCAGGUGGCCAGAUGUGUACCUGGGCCUGACCACCAUGGGCCAGAACAUGUCCAUCCCCAGCCUACAGAGGGCCCUCAGCCACGCUUUGGCUGCAGGGCCUUCAGGUACCUCCAGCAGUGCAUCAGGCUCUCAUCAGCCCAUGGUCACAGCAGAGCUUAUGGUUCACCCAGGCUACCCCAGUCAUCCGCACGAAGGAGGCUGUGGAGAAGGACCUGAUGACUUCUCCCAGUCAGCGGACAGACAACAUGAGCUGAGCGUGCUCAGAGACCCGUCCCUGCUGGCCCUCUACAGCCGAGAGAGAGUACAGCUGUGUGCCUUCAAAGACCUCUGACUACUGUUGUCUCAAAAAAACAAACAUGUAUGUAUAAUGUGGCUCCAGUAUGAAACAAUGUCAAGAGUAUGUGAUGUAGAUCACUCCAUAUGUCUAGGAAGGAGUAAUGAUUUUAAACAGUCCUUCACCUCAAAGCACUCACAUGUCUAUUUUCAGUAACUCAGUAGACAAGUCUCUCCAUCUAUGUGAGCUCUCAGAGUGGAGUCUUUCUCACUUUGACACUAGCACUUUUUUAAAAGAUAAUUCAAAAAAAUAUUAGAAAGGUUUUUAAAUGCUAACAAAUAAAUUAUUAUUGCUAAAAUCAUGAAAGAUUUAAUAACAAACAUAUUUAGUUUUUUUCAAUUAAACAAUGAAGGCACCAUCAAGCGAUCGUACUGAGUUACUGUGGUUAGACAUGAAAUGAAGUCAGGACUUCAAUUUUCUGGGAACUCUUGUAGUUGAGCAUAAAAUGUGCUCGGGGCUUCUUCACAUUCCUAAGUACAUGUGACUGUUAAGCACUGAAACACUAUGAAAACUACUGUAAUAUAUGAACUACAACACCAGAGACCAUGUUAACAAGAGAAUAGACCAGCCACCACACAGCAUAGACCUUUGACCUCAGCCAUCUUUGAACUUGGCUUUCAUUUUUGUCUCAGCCACACCUUUAAACUUUUGUAACUCUUGUACAUUUGUGAAGCUGCCAUGUUGAUGAAAUCAGUCCCAGAAGGUGAAAACAAUACAGCUACACUAUCACCGCUGGAAGACAUAUAUUUAUGCACCAGAUAAAGAUACUUGCCCAUUAUUCAUUAAUAUUGGGUUGAGUGGGCGACCCAUAAACAGGGCUAUAGUCCCUGUUUAUGGCCCUUUGCUGCAGGCCCUGAACCUAUUAUUCCCACCCUUACAUUCCUGUCUCUCACUGCUGUUCUGUCAAUAAAGCCAAAAAGGCCGAAAAAAACCUUCAAAAAAUAAAAAAAAAUUGGGUCUCACACCAAUCUUUAAAUUCGACUUUCCGCUAUAGACCUGUAAAGUCUGACAAGUUUGCAAUGUGAUCGUGCUGACAAAAUCUGGCCAUUAUUAAUCAAAAUUGGGUCAGCCUCCUGCCAAAGCUAUAUUGCCAGAUCUCAGACUUAGCUUGGGAACUUGGAAAGUAUAUGAAGAGUUAAUUUGCAAAAAACAGAUAACUCCAUUUUGAUAAAUUUUCAGAAUUUUUUUUUUUAUUGUUUACUUGAGAUAAUAUCAAUCAAACUGAAGUUGAGUGGAUUUGACUCAGUAGAAAAAUACAAGACAAAAUAGAGAAAAAAUAAAUCAUUAGUGUUGUUAUUGUCUCAAGUAAGCAAUAAAAAAAUGAGUUUUCUGAAAAUGGAGUUACCUGUUUUUGCAAAUGAACUAUUCAUAUUGUUAUUAUUGAUGAAAGAUGUACCUGCAGAUGACCUAUCUGAUGCUUUUUUGUUUGUUUGUUUUCAGAAAUGUGGCAUAUAAUAAGUCCAUCAGUGAAAAAAAAAUGUUGAUUGUAAAUUAAUGGAAGGAUGGGUAAUAGGGGCCAAGCUGUGUGUCUGGUUGUCAUCUAGGAUGCACCGAUGAUUUCCAAUAAUCUCAGGUUUUAGUGUGUCUUGACAUCAAUGAUCUGUCGCAUUACAGUAUGUUUGUAAUAUUUAGAGUUGUCUGGAUUUUUGAAAUCUUAUAUUUUGAGUUUCUGUUUAGGCUCUUUUAAAGCAUUGCUCAGUUUGAAUUCAAAGACUAUAACUGAACUGCUUCCAAUCCAACAGAGGGAGCUAAUAAACGGUGUCAAACA